CUGAUGAUCGGAAGCAAACCACGUGAUGUGUUAAAUUUGCAGAUAGGGUACAAAGGCAGCCUGUUCUUUUCACCGAUCGCGUCUCCCUUCCCCGAUCGAACCUCGCAUCGCCUCUCCUUCGUCUCCCCUCUCUGCUGAUCACGCUCUCCCUCUUCUCUGCCUGGAGUCGCUCGGUCUCGAGUCAGGUGGGUGCCUUAGAACAUCCCUAGGGCUAGGAACGAUGCAGCAGCAGAGGCUCAAACAGCAGCAGGCUCUGAUGCAACAGGCCCUCCUUCAACAGCAGCAACAGCAGCAGCAGCAGCAGCAGCAGCAGCAAUCCCUCUAUCCCCAUCCCGGUCUCUUGGCUCCCCCUCAGAUAGAGCCAAUCCUAAGUGGAAAUCUUCCUCCUGGAUUUGAUCCAAGCACAUGUCGCAGUGUGUUUGUAGGUAAUGUUCAUCUUCAAGUUACAGAACCUCUUCUUCAAGAGGUUUUUCAAAGCGCUGGUCUAGUUGAAGGAUGUAAGCUCAUUAGAAAAGAAAAGUCAUCAUUUGGUUUUGUUGAUUACUUUGAUCGCCGAUCAGCUGCACUUGCAAUUGUAAUGCUGAAUGGAAGACAGCUAUUUGGUCAAUCUAUCAAGGUUAAUUGGGCAUAUGCUAGUGGGCAAAGGGAGGAUACAUCUGGGCACUUCAAUAUCUUCGUUGGUGAUCUUAGCCCUGAGGUUACAGAUGCUACUUUGUAUGCAUGCUUUUCCGUGUAUCCAAGCUGCUCAGAUGCAAGAGUCAUGUGGGACCAAAAAACUGGGCGGUCAAGGGGUUUUGGUUUUGUAUCUUUCCGGAAUCAACAGGAUGCUCAAAGUGCCAUAAAUGAUUUAACUGGCAAGUGGAUUGGCAGUCGUCAAAUUCGUUGUAACUGGGCUACCAAGGGAGCUAAUGCUGGUGAAGAUAAAACAAGUUCUGAUUCAAAGAGUGUGGUGGAAUUAACAACUGGAUCUGUAGAAGAAGUCCAUGAUAAUACAAAUGAGGAUGGUCCAGAGAAUAACCCACAGUAUACCACUGUCUAUGUUGGUAAUCUUUCUUAUGAGGUUAGUCAACUAGAUCUCCAUCACCUUUUCCAUUCUCUUGGUGCUGGAGUGAUUGAAGAAGUUCGCGUACAACGUGAUAAGGGGUUUGGUUUUGUGAGAUACAGUAGCCAUUCUGAGGCUGCAUUGGCUAUCCAAACAGGAAAUGGCCGAAUGCUCGGUGGGAAGCCAAUCAAGUGUUCUUGGGGUAGCAAGCCCACUCCUCCUGGAACAACCUCCACGCCACUUCCUCCACCUGCUGCUGUGACAUUCCCUGGAAUCUCUGCGACUGAUCUCUUAGGUUAUGAGCGCUCAUUGGCAUUGGGCAAGAUUGGUGCCAACCAACAGGCAAUGAUGCAUGCCCAAGCUCAGCAUGCUCUCAAGCAAGCUGCCAUGGGAAUGGGUGCUGGCGCUAGUCAAGCUAUUUAUGAUGGUGGCUACCAAAAUGUGAAUGCAGCUCAUCAGCUCAUGUAUUACUAAGCUAUCAAAUCACAUUCAGACUCAACGAUUCAUCAUCCAACUUUUAUAUUGUGUGCUUCUACUAUCUUGUUUAUACUUAAUUUUCAGCUAUGUUUUAAUUUGGUUGUGCCGCUCUUCUACCUUUAAAUUGUAUUCAUGUAAUUGAUAACUAUUUAGGGUUUGCUAAUACUUCUCAAGGAACUUUAUGCUA